UGCCGUGUGGUUUUGUCCUCCUCAGGUUGUUUCCAGCUAUGUAACGUCUUUCGCCAUAACAUGGAGAUAGACCAGUGCCUGCUGGAGUCUCUUCCCGUAGGCCAGCGCCAGAGGCUGGUCAGGAGGAUGCGCUGUGACCAAAUAAGGGCGUACUACGAGAGAGAAAAGAGCCUCCAGCGCCAGCAGGGUGGCAUCAAGGUCCGAGCCCCGUCCAACCUCCGCAAGAAGCACCGCGUCCGCUUCCGACUGUCCGACGCCAUACAAGACGCCAUAGUCCGCCACGAUGACAAAGAAGUGUUGCGUCUCCUCAAGGAGGGAGCAGACCCCAACACCCCAAUCCCCUCUGGAGGGUCAUUGCUGCACCUGUGUGCUCGUCACGACAAUGUGUUCGCAGCAGAGCUUCUGAUUGAGCGAGGCCUGAAUGUCAACCUGCAGGAUGAGGACCUCUGGACAGCUCUGCACGUAGCGUGUGUGUGUGACCAUGCAGAUGUGGUCCUCCUGCUGCUGCUGGCUGGAGUGAACAUUCUGCUGCAAGACAUCAAUGGAAACAUUCCUCUUGACUACACCUUCGAGGGAACAGAGACCAGCUACAUCCUCCGAAAACACUUGGAAGAAAAUGGUGUAGAUGUGUCAGCCAUGCACACCAUGAAGACACAGAGACCCAGCACCAUGCUGUCUGACGUUAAGCAGCUCGUUGCCAAAGCUGGAAACCUCAACCAACCCAAUGAUGAUGGGGUUACUCUGCUCCACAUCGCGUGUGCCAGUGGUUACAGAGAUGUGACAUCUGUGCUCCUGGAGAGUGGAGCAGACCCUCAUCCAGCUGAUAACAACUUUUGGACCCCCCUCCAUUUGGCAGCUAAAUAUGGGCAGACGAGCAUUGUUAGCCAGCUCCUUAGGCACGGAGCAAACCCGACUCUGCUGAACUGCAACCAAGACAAGCCAUCUGACAUUGCCGUCUCAGAGCCUAUUGCAGACAUGCUGCUUAGUGCAGAGGAGAGCUGGCUGCAGCGACUCAAGGACCCCUCUGCUCCUCUUCCCUCCACUGACCAACGCUAUGAUGGCGGUUCUCAUGACCUCAGCACUCCUCUCAAGAACUUGAACCCUCUUGGUCUCACCAUCUCCAAGCGGGACAGUCUGCUGGAAAAGUGUGUGAUGUUCAAAGAUACAGGUGGGGCACUGAGCCGACAUCCCUCUCAGGAUAAUGGCCUGGAUGGCCCCUCUAGCUCCGGACCCAACAAACUCGAACAGGUCAAACUAAUGCCUCCAGCACCAAAUGAUGACCUGGCAUCCCUCAGUGAGCUAACCGACAGCAGCCUGCUCUAUGAGAUGCAAAAACGCUUUGGCAAUGACCAAAUCUAUACGUAUAUUGGACACAUCCUGCUGCUGGUCAAUCCAAACAAAGAGCUUCCCAUCUACUCCCAUUUGGUCAGUCAGUUAUACCUGAGCUCCACCGGCCGCCUGUGCUCCUCUCUGCCCCCACACAUCUUCUCCUCAGCAGAGAGAGCUUACCACAUGAUGCUGCAGGAGAGACGUCCGCAGUGUUUCAUCUUGAGUGGUGAGAGUGGCUCUGGGAAAACCGAAGCAUGUCGGCACAUCGUUAGACACUUGACAGCCCGCUCCAGCCCCAAAGGCUUUUUGCUGGAGCCCAGAAUGAAACAUGUAAACUGUAUUCUGGAAGCCUUCGGUCAUGCAAAAACUCCAAGAAACACCAACUCAAGCCGUUUUAUUAAACUGUUGACCAUCCAAUACUGUGAAAAGAGAAGGGCAAUGCUCAGAGCCCGCGUGUGCACUUACAUGCUGGAGAAGUCUCGUCUAGUCCACCUGCGUCCUCAGCAUCAUAACUUCCGGAUCUUCUACCUAAUGGCUGAGGGCCUUUCACCUGAGGAGAAGAGUGCACUUUACCUCAACAAUGUCCUGGCUCAUAGAUAUCUUAGUGGAGGACUUCCAGGAGAGACUCCUCCAGUGGCCUCAGCCUCUACUCAAAGCAGGGAACAUCUGGCUGCAGUCAAACAAGCCCUGCGAGCCCUGGGAUUCAACAAGCAGGAGGUUGACUCUGUGUUUACGCUGCUAUCUGCUGUGCUCCAUAUUGGUGACCUACGUUUCACGGCACUGACAGAUGCCAGCACAGCCUUCCCUUCUGACCUGCAGCUGCUGGAGAGAGUUUCUGGAUUGUUGCAGGUUUCCUCCAAUGACUUAAGUUCUGCGCUCACAUCUGAUGUCCAGUAUAUUAAAGGUGAAGCUAUCACCCGACGCCACACGGUAGAGAUGUCAGAGCAGUACAGAGACCAGCUUGCUAAAGCUAUCUAUGGACGCCUCUUCAGCUAUUUGAUCAACAAUGUGAACGACUACCUUCAGGGACAAGAUGACUGCAUUGGGUAUGGCCGUAUUGAUCCCGCCAUGGAGAUUGGGAUCUUGGACUUAUUUGGGUUUGAAGCAUUUCAAAGGAAUGGUUUUGAGCAGCUGUGCGUGAACAUGAGCAACGAGCGUCUGAGGCAGUACGUGUCCGAGGUGCUAUUCCAGCAAGAGCAGGCGGAGAGUCUGCAGGAGGGCAUCACCAUGGAGAUUCGCCGCUCCCCCAGCAACCAACCUGCCGUUCUGGACUUCUUUUUUCAGAAGCCUCAGGGACUCCUGUGUGUGUUAGAUGAGGAGAGUCAGAGCUUGAGGCCCGUGGAGCAGACCCUGUACAAGAGACUGUCAACCCAGCUGGACUCCAGUCCAAUUCAUGGGCUUUCCUUCACUACCAAGGACGGCAACGGCAACCCCCCACCCAAAGACCAAGGCCCAGCAUUUAUUGUUAGCCACUAUGCAGGACAGAUUUCAUAUGACCUCACAGGAUCGCUAACAAAAAACAAGGACUCCCUUCCUCAAAAUCUUCUGUUUACAAUGAAGUCCAGUGAAAGCGUGUUACUACAGCAGCUUUUCCAGUCUAAGCUGACUCAGACCGGUUCUCUGGUGUCAGCUGCCCAGGGCCGAAUGGGGUUGAAAGGGCCCAAAGCAGCCUUUUUGCUCCACAGAAUGGCACCUGCCUCCCUUGUCAAUGCCACUUCUAUCCCCCAACAGCCCCGGAGGUACCAUGACCUUACUAAGAUCAUGAAAAAGAAAGGCUCAAGUUCUUUCCUCCAGCGACUGGAGCGCUGCGGCCCCAUCACAGUUGCCGUCCAGCUAAGGAACACACUGUCAGAGUUGAUGAGUAAACUGCAGACUUGUACUCCGCACUUUGUGGAGUGCGUGUGCCCCAACUCCAACGGUCAGCCUGACAGCUUUGACAGCUUCCAUGUGUCUGCCCAGCUGCAGUACAUCGGGGUUCUUGAGAUGGUGCGUGUGAUCCGUUAUGGAUACCCUGUCCGCCUGUCUUUCUCAGACUUCCUCAGCAGAUAUAAAGACCUCGUGGUCCCCACUUUGGGAGACAAGAAGAAAUUGUCCGCGUCUGAGAGAUGCCGCUCAGUUCUCCAGCAGUCAAAACUCCAAGGAUGGCAGAUGGGCAGCAGUAAAGUCUUUCUGAGAUACUGGCAGUCAGACCAACUCAACGACCGCAGCUACCAGCUCCACAAAAAGAUCAUCACCUGUCAGAAAGUGGUUCGCGGCUGGCUGGCCAGACGCCGGGUCCAUCGCAGGCUGUCGUUACAACACAAAGAGGAGUGGGGCGUGCAGCGUUUCCUGCAGGGAGCGGAAGACAUGGGGCUGCGAACCUACGACCAGCUGGUCAUCCAAAAUGCAUCUGACAUCGCACGAGAGAGUGACCGUCUGCGCUGCCAUGGCAACAGUCUGCUCAACACCCUUGGCAACAGUCCACCACUUGGGGAGAGGCCUGAACCAGUGGGCAAGGAGGAGGAUCAGCCGGUUAGGAGGAUGAUGGAGAAAAGUGGAAAAGUGCAUGAUGGCCCUGUCAACAGCGGAGGUCGAGUUAUUCGCCACUUUCGGUCCAGUUCAGUUCCCAUCCCCCUUGCCAUGGAAAACAUUGUUAAAUUCUCUGCCAGCCCAUCCAUCAAACCAGCCUUGCAGCAGGUAGCCCAAACCAAUGAGGAUGGUGCAGGCGGUGGAAAUUUGUCCUCUCCUCGGAAACAACCUCCUCCAAAGCCAAAGAGGGACCCGAACACCCGCCUGAGCGCAUCUUAUGAGGCAGUUAGUGCAGGGCUGGCAAUGGCUGUCAAAGAGAGCUCAACUCCAGAGGGGUACGGUUCACCAGCAGGAAGCCCCCCUAAAUCCCAGCUGUCCCCCACAGACCCAGCAGCGUCAUCCAAGCCCCGUCCCCACAGUGACGACUACACAACCAUGAGAAAGGUUCCACCCCCCAAACCCAAGCGCAGCCCCAACACCAAGCUGUCAGGCUCAUAUGAGGAGAUUAAUGCUGCAGCGCCCCAUCUCCACCAGCUGCGCCCUGCUGAUGUAAAGCUGGCCUUGCUAUCCCGUGGUGGGGUGUUUGGUGGGUUUGGAGGCUUGAUGCAGAGAGCAGCCUCUCUCGAUGCUCCACAAGGGGUAGCAUUAAGCCUGUAUAAGGGCCACGAUGAAGAGGAUGUAUACAUUGAGAUGAUGGGCUCCCAGCCACGGGCCCGGAGCCUCCAGGAGCCUCCCGACAGCCCUGAUCAGGCAGACUUAGAAGCCGUCUAUGAGGAGAUGAAGUAUCUCCCCAACGAAGAUAAUGGAACCACUGCAACUGCUAUCACCAAGGCAGCCAGGCUGGAGGCUUUAACCUUGGGCCUGGUGGGGUAUGAGACAUGCCCUCCUCGAAGCGGGGACCCCAAACGACUCGCUGUGGGGUUGACUUCGGCCCUGGAUAUAGCUCAGUCACAGAGCUUAUGUAAUAGCGGAGUUCCCAAAGCUCAUUCUGGCAAAGAUGGAGCCUGUGACAUCCCCGCUCCCUUCCCUAACUUGCUACCUCACCGCCCACCUCUCCUUGUGUUUCCCCCCUCCCCCGUCACCUGCUCUCCUGCUUCAGAUGAGUCCCCCCUCACCCCUCUGGAGGUAAAGAAGCUGCCAGUGUUUGAGACGAACCUGAACUAUGCCGCUGGCCCAGACAGCCCCCUGUCUCCACAGUUUGGUCGCCAGAGGGCCGACUCUUCUCCCAGCCUCACUGUCCUCAUGCCAGAAAAGAAGUCAACACCUCCACUCACUCCUCCACCUCCUCCCCCGAGUGCUCCACCUCCUCCUUACAGACCCCCGUCACACUUCCCCUUUCCACCUGAGGCCAACUUUCUGGCGCUUACACGAGCAGCAUCUGUUAGUGGGAGUUCAGAUUCCCCCAAAACAUCUUCACAAAGGGCAGGUGGGGAACCACUGGGCAAGCCGCCUCCCUACUCCCCUGUGAGGAUGUCCCGUCCUGAACCACGAAGAGCUCAUUCAUGCUCAUCAUCUCCCCUGCUAUUUAAUCCAGCCAAUGGGAGACCCCUGACCAGCCCUCUGGAUGAACUCAACACUCUCUUCAGCUCUGGUCGCAGCCUGCUGAGGAAGUCUACGUCUGGCCGAAAGAUGAGGGAUGGAGGAUUCAAUUCUAAUAUCAAUCUGCCAGGGAGGGAAGAAUGUGGAUCUGCUCCCACCUCUCCAUCUCUACAGCUGCAAGACAAAAACGCCAACAACCACUCACUACACUCCCCAAGCCCCGUCUCUGUAGAGAACGGCAACCAGAUCUCCAAUGGGCCACUGGAGGAUGAGAGUCACAGCAAGUCAAACUCGAGCACCACCUCUUUGCACAGGCACAUGGACAGUCAUCACAGCCAGGUCUUCCAGCGACUACGUCUGUCCAACGGGGACGAGAGCACUGCCUUGGGAGAGCUUCUGCGCUGGCGGCGAACGCAGUGUGAGGGGAGGGGUGGCUGGAAGCACCGCCCACCUCAGUCCCCACCCCUGCCCCCCACACUCCUCUGGACCAACAGGAAGGCUUCUCCAUGACAGCGCUUCUGUCACUCUCAAACCGAGGGGCAAUCAGGCCCCCUCCCCCGUCAUCAGCCGUACUCAUAUUUGCUCUUGAUGCAUUUGUUUUGUUUUUUGUUUUUUUA